CAACAUCAACUUUGAGCGUCCUUGAGAGUAAGGUGUUGAAUUAUUUGGAGGAACGCGAGGAUGAAGAUAUCUCCAUGAAAAUCAAAUUACAAGAACUUGCCCCAGAUGUUACAGAUGAUAUUUCACUGUCGAAGAGACCAUCGUGGUUACAAGAUGAGAUUAAUAAAAUGGACAUGUGCAAAUUUCCCAUUCCCCAUAGAGUUAUGCCAGAGAAAGUUUCAUUUUAUACUGAUGUGGUUCCAGGAAAAAUAGGGAUUCUACGAGCAUCCACAUGUCAAACAGACCCAAGUUUUUCCAAGUAUCAAGGUCGCCAGAGCAUGGGAAAUGCCAUAUCUGCUCUAAUAAUGCUACGAUUUUACAAAUCCAAAGUUUGGGUGCCUAAAAUACUGAACACUAUUCUCAGAUAUGGAGACUCGCUAUACCGAGAUGCAAUGAUAACCAUUCCGAGAACGCAAAGCUUGAAGCUGUCGAAUUUUCAGCGGAAAACCGAGUAUGAAGGAAAGAUGUUCUCCCCAGUCAUAGAAGAUUAUGCUGUCGUAGGCAAAUUACAAUCUCAAGAGUACGAUGUUCUUGAUUUGUUUCCAGCACUUGAAAAAUUUUUAGUGGAUAACGAAAGUUGCGUUAUUUUGGGACCUCUCAAAUUAGCUGUAUGGGUGGAAGACAAAAAAUUUUUUAUGAUGGAUCCAAAUGAAAGAGAUGCGUUUGGCAGAGCGAUUUCUGAGAAAACCGUCUAUGGUUCUAAUAUGGUACACAUGGAUUUACUACCCGGUAAAGCUUGUGUCAUGUGGUUCACCAGCCUCCACGAUCUCGUAGAUGUGUAUAUGAACAACGUCGACAAGCCGCAAAGGUCAGAUACAUUCUAUCUGAGUAAAGUUCAGAUAGAAAAUUAUGUAGAUGUUCCCGAUCCUUGGUAUAACUUCAAAGGAAUACUUCAAGAUGUUUGGAUCCUCAGAGGUACUAUUAGUCAAAAUGAUAAAAAGUUUGGAAACGAUUCAAGGAAUUUACAGAGUCCUGCGACUUGUCUGGUAGUUCUGGCGAUGAAAGAAUUACAACCUCUGAAAGAGUGGUCCAGUGCAACAGUUGAUAAGGUCCUUGAUUUGGGAGAUCAGUUUUAUAUGGAAUCUGUCGAGAAGCUCAAGGAAAUUGGCUCUUUUGAAGAUAAGAUGCUCAUGCUUACUGAAUUGAAUAAAAAAUUCAAGUUGUCCAAUAUGCAAGCCUUGUUUGAGAUCGAAGAUUGCGACAUCACUGGAAAAAUCAACCCUAGUUACGAUGAAAACGACAUAAGCCUGAAAAAAGGAGUUCAAAUAUAUUUCAACGACAAUGAUUCAGGAAUAAUUACAUGUCGUGAUAUAUCUAUUGCGGUAUGGAAGAAAGAUAACGUCUUUUAUUAUUUCGACAGCCAUAGUAGAGAUGAAAUGGGCCUUGCAACAGAUUUUGGAAUGGCCUGCAUCCUUAGAACUACAUUCUUGGACGAUCUAUUGAAUACUUUAGUUGCUAACUUGGGUCCUGGCAAAGAAAGCAUUUAUAAUAUCAACAAAAUUACUGUAACAUUCUUGGAAACCGCCGAUGGUGACUUGUAUCGUCCGCCUUUGAAAAAUUACAAAAGAGUAAAUGACCGUUGUUCCAUCCUGAGAUCCCUUUACAGCGAAAUUUCGACAAAAUAUGACGUCAAUGGUGGUAAACAAACAAUUCCAAUGUGCCUUGCUGCUCUUGCAUUCAAUAAGUUGAAACCCGCUAGUGAUUGGACCAAGCAGGAUUUAGAUGAAAUUUUAAAUAAGGGAGAUGCAUUGUACGUUCAGAGCAUGGUCGAGUUGUUGGCAAAAGAGGCAGAACCUGAAACUGAACCAAAGCCUGAGGUUAAAUCUGAAGUAGACGGUUCAGGAGACGCUAAAAGUGAAACAAAACCGUCAGUAGAAAAAAGUGAUGUAACAGGAAAUGUGAAAUCAUUUUUCACUGAGAGUAAAUUGGAAGGAGACCUAAAUAAACUUGAUGAUGGAAGUAUCACUUUGGAUAACGUUAAAAACGAAUUUUCUUUCGGUUUGAAUAAGUUCAAACUUGAAUUCGAGGAGGUAAACCAAGGAAGCAUUGAAAAAGAUCUGAAAACCACUGUUGAAUCUUUCCUGAAAACUGAUGAGAAGGAUGAUUCUUUCAAUCAAGCCAUUCUGGAAUCCAAACCUCUAUCGAUAGCAUUAUGGAGAGAUGACAAAGCAUUUUAUGUGUUCGAUCCCAAACCUAGAGACAAGAUAGGAAAUGUUAUCGGUAUGGAAGACUGGAGUAUAAUCAAUGUAACAAAACCAAAAACAAAACCACCGAUCAAAACUGACAACAUCGAAAAAAGUGCUACGAUGCCUACAGGGGAUGAAUUUGAUGACAAAGAUGUCGUUACGAAAGUAAUUGAUUUCGAGAAGUUUACGGAAGGGGAAGCUUCACCGAUGAAAAUGAAAGGCCAAACUGAAGAUGAGGGUGAAGAAGAAGAGGAAGGAGAAGAGAAAGAAAUCAAAUACUUUCCUGUCGCCCACAAGAGUUCCGCCUACUGGAGGGAAAAAGAAAAAAGCGGUAGGGCUUAUACAAUGUGGUUCACCAAAUUGGAUGAUCUCCUGGAUCACAUUUAUAAUAACAUUGCUCCAAAGGUUGGAAAAAAAGAAAGUUUUAUUUUGAAAUCUGUCAAGAUAACCAAUACUCCACAACUUAAAGAAAAAAUCGAACCUUGGGAAGACAGGAACGAUGUAUAUUCUGGAGAUUGGUAUGACUUUAUGGAAAUUGAAUAUGGAAAAUGGAUACUGAGAGGAACGAUGAAUAUUUUUGAUGAGUUGUUUCCGAUCCAGAAUAGAGGAAAACAAAUCAUUCCUGUGUGUUACGCCGCCCUACUCAUCGCCCACGCAUUCGAAAUCGUAUGUUUCAACGACUUUAGCGUUGAUUCCAUCUUGUGUUACGGCGACAAGAUUUUCACUUUUGUGAAGAGAAUGAGGAAGAAGCAACUACUGGCAGAUUCGCGCAAAAAACUCUCCGAAGAUGAGAUAGAUUGGUUGAUACAACACGAAGAUUUCGAGUUGAGCGAUAUACCUAAGAAAAUAUGCAUCUCCAAAUUUCUGAAUGAAAUAACUGUCGAACCGAAUGUGGUGGUGGGCGAAGUAAAUGCACGGAAUUCCGAAAAUAUCCUUGACGUCAAACGAGGUGUGGAAGAAUUUUUCAAGACGCGUAACUAUGGGAUACUACAAGCGAAAGAUUUGUCGGUAGCAAUUUGGCGAGGUCGAAAAAUGUAUUACAUGUGUGAUGCUCUGAACCGAGGACCUAAUGGUAUUAUUUCUCCGAAUGGAACCGCUUGUAUAACUAGGUAUCUGGAUCUAGAAAAACUGGCGAAUACCUUCUUAGCAAAUAUAUCCAGAUAUGGAAGUAAUACUUUUUAUAUCCACAACGUGAAUAUGGUUAUAGAUAUGUGCCCUCGAGAAAGGGAACCGAAGGUUAUUAUAGAACCACCGAAGACUGUACGUCCUGGAGGGUUUCAAGAUGUCAUUCCAGGCAAGUGCAUUCUCAAGGGUACAAUAAGUCAAGAUGAUCCAAAGUUCGGUAAAGAACCAGGCGUCAUGAGCUCUCCAAUUGCCUUCAUUGCUCUUACUAUGACUCUCCUACACAAGACUAAUACUUGGUCAAAGCUUAUGAUUGACAAUAUCAUAGAAGUUGGCGCAGACCUCUAUGACGAGUCCAUCGACAACCUUGGUUACGACUUCAAUCCUUGGGAAGAGAAACUAGACAUUUAUCGAGUCAAUAACGAUUACAAAAUCGGAGUGCUCAAAGCCAAUUGUGAGUUGAGAACGACGGAUCAGAAAGGCAUCAUAGACAGCAAGGAAUACUCAGUGCUGAACCUCCGACGUGGUAUAGAGAAAUUCUUCGAAGAAAAUACACAUGGAAUACUGGUCACCCAACCGUUGACUGUGGCAAUUUGGGAAGAAGAACGGGAAAACGAUGACCCACUUAUUUACAUGUUUGACCCAAAUUCACGAGGUCCUACUGGAAUGCCUAAUUUCACAGGAGCAGCUUGUUUGGUGACUUUCGUAAAUGCAGAGUUAGCCUCAGACCAUAUAAUUGGUUGCAUUAUGGAACCUGAGCAAAAAAUGAGUGAAUUCACAAUAGUGCCUGUGGAAAUAGUUGUAGGGAAUAUGAAAACAUCAAAGAAAGUGGGAAAACAUCCAGUAAAAAGUGACAUUUCGGUAUUGCCGAGGUGUUCCAAAUUGGUAGCUGAUGAAGAGAUGAAAGCAAUGAGAAAAAUUGCCGAAGACACUAGAAAGAAAAAGGAAGCAAAGCGUUUACAAUUGAUUGGACGAAAAGGGUACUCUCCUAUGACCGGGGGUAACGCCAUUCUGAGAGGAUACAAAAGCCAAAAUUCCAAAAUAUAUGGUGAAGAACAGAGAAAUAAUCAAGAUAUUCCCAAUUGUAUAUCAGCUGUAGUAAUGCAUCACCUUUUAUCCAUCGAAUUUUGGAGUAGCAAGACUAUCGAUCAGAUUUUAGACGCUGGUAAUCAACUCUACACAGACUCUUACAUAGCGUACGGCCCGAAAGAUAAAAAGUUGGGCAUGGAAAAUGUACUCCGAAAAUUUUUCAUGGGCAAAUUGACCAUACACGUGUCAAUUUACAAGCCCAUUAUCAGCGACUUAUUCACUUUCGAAAAUUUGAACAGAAUUUUGAACAUAUUUUUCCAACAAGAACAAUUUUGUAUUAUGAGUUACUACAACCAAUGGGUUAGCAUUUUCUUCAAAGGCGGGCUCUUCUAUGUCUUCGAUCCUCAUGAAAGAAAUAUUGAUGGCAAUAUAUUGAAGAAAGAGGAGACUGGAGUAGCGGUGGUCGUUCGGUUUGAAAACAUCAACGAUUUGGCAACGAAAUUGAUUUCAAAUUUUUUUGUGGACGAUGAAGAAUGUGAUCAGCAAUUCACUUUAUGGAUAUUAUCAGUUGAAAUGAGAUAGUCGUAUCUUUACAUUUGUUCAUGUGUUAUUGAAAAUAAAUGAUGGCUGUUCUUAGGGA